AGCGUGCUGGAUAUGACGCUGUCAGCAGCGAUUUUGACAAGUCAAUUCAGAGAAAUAGCCAAGAAGGAAACACUUUUAAGGCUAUUUUCUAAUACAAAAAAUAUUAAACAAGUGGCUGAGUGUCCUAUUAUUAUUCAGCAUAUUCAGUUGGUGCAUUUACUAUAUCUGAAAACGACACAUUCAGUCAUCCAAAAACACAAAUUCACAUUAUGUGCAGUUCAUUUUCUUAUCAACGACAAUUAAAAUUAAAGAAAAAACUGUAUGUGGGUUAAACAGUGACGAGCGACUGUGACAGUAAAUUUAGUUUAUACUCUUACAGUCUUCACAAAUGACUUAUGAUCACGGCAAAAGUUAAAUGACACUUACUUAAAGUCAUCAGCGCUGUAUGUGACCUUCUUUAAGGUCACUUUACGCACUACUUUAAUUUUGUCUGCAACUGCAAACAUUAUGCGUUCAAACAAAACACUCAAAAAAAUAAUCAUAAUUAAAAAACAUUUUUCUUUAGACGCGCCCGGUGUCACAGUUUGGAUGCAAUACAUAAGGCACACUUAGAAAAGUUAAAACAAUAAAGUAAUAACUGUUAAUUACAAGAGUAUUACAAGGACAAGACUAGAAUAAUAUCUGUAGUGAUGUACAAGCAAAUUAGUUACAGUUUCAGUUAGUUACAGAGACAGUGUCCACCAUGCUGCAGAUUACAUUCCAUGUACAGUAACAUCCAAACAUUUCUCAACAUUUUAAUGACAACACACUGGAUUUUUAAGUAGUCCUGUUCGUGGUUCGAUGGUUUAAAAAGACAAAGCCCGUGGAAUAAAUAAGCAUCAGUAUUGGAUUUAUCAAACACUACGGCAUGUUGUUACAAUCCAUAACUGCUUAUAUCUGCAUUCUAAGCAUUCAAACAAAAGCAGGAAAUAAUCGCUAAGAUAACGUUUUGUGAAGGAUAAGGUUGUAGUAACCGAUACUUACAGUACAUACGUUUUAUUUUGAACUUUAAGUCUGCAACGGCACCACCUCCCGUGACCCUCAUGUGCUGCCGUCCUGCAUGGGUCUAAAGCAAAAUUACCCCGGAUCAUAACAACAGGUCCCGUCCAUUACAUUUUUUUCCUCCUCGGGACAAUGGCCACAGCUCGCCCCUAUUCACACUUACUACACACACGGAUCCCAACCGAGCAGAGCACGGAGUCAACACUGUAGUACGCGCCGAAGGGCGAACGGCUGGAUAUGUAAAUAUAGGUAUUUAUCAGAGCGCAUAUUAAUGGCAUUUACUCCGGACUAUUUUAAACUCCCACGUGGAGUUUUCCUUUGCUAAAGUUGACAAAUCUUUCUCCGCUCACGCUGAUCUUUAGCGUGCGUAAAGCUGUGCGUAAUUUGUGCGUAAAGUUGUCCCUCAUACGUUGCGGGGCAAAAUGAAGAUAUCACUGCAUUAUUUAUGAUCCUUACAACUUUUAUAGUGUCAAUAUGCAUACUCUUGCGAGCCAGUCUGUUUUGUAAUCGCAUAAUCAAAGUGGGGAAAUUGCUGUUUCAUAGCCGAGCAGCCUUUGUUCGCUGCAACAAAAGAGGGACGACUGUAUAUCUGGAUCAACUUUUUUAGGAGUUUUAUCGUACAAUAACCUUUGCAUAACAACUAUUUUUCUCCAGCGUUGCCUGAGGCACUGCGCAUGCGCAUUGGCUGCUUGCUGUCACUAAGACAUUUUUCUUCACGUUGGAAACUGUCACUGGUGACGUCAAUCACCGAGCUCUGACCAAUUAGAGCGCGGGGUGAUUGUUUAGCUCCACGGGCUGCAGCGCCUACCAUGAAUCUCUAUUCAGUAUCAAAGCGUCCUGCUGCUGCCUCUCAACCGAAUGGGAUUCCAUGUAGUCUGCAGAUAGACCUAACUUUAUAAAGUUUUUUUUCUUUAUUUUUCAUCGCGAUUAAAAUAUAUUUGUCAUCAUCAUUAUUAUUUUGCCUGCUGUCAAGUUAUUCUAAAAUUAGGAAGUAAUGAGCGUGGAUGCAUUGGGAAGCCCCGUGAUGGACCCUACGUUUUCCAAACGGAACACGGCGCUGAGAUUAGUUGACUUGGCAGGGGCUCACCACCAUCACCAUCAUCACCACCAUACCCCUCAGAGCGUGACAGGCUUCCCGGGGUUCAGCAGCCAUCCACACUCAAUGGCUCACUCGCACCCUGGGGAGAUUACUGCGGAACCCCGCCUGGGGCCGAGUCCAUUCGGGCCAGAACACAUGGGGCACUCCGCGGCCCUCAAAAUCAGCCCAGCCCAUCAUUAUCCCCACCACCAUCACCACCACCACAAUCAUCAUAUGGCAGGCCACAGUGAAGUGGUCUCCAGUCAAACGGGAGCUUUUGGCCCGGUUCAGGCGACAUCGGUCCCCUAUUCUAUGUCUCACACGGCCCAGGCUUUAUCCGCAGGUAGGGAUUUCCUCAUCCGGAGAGAUCUGACAGCUCAAGCCAUGCCAGUACUGACUGACCAGACUGCUGGUUCAGCCUCUCACCACGGAAUGUUUGUCUCAACAACAGGUAGCUAUCCCGGACACUAUGGUCAUCACCCUGACGCUGGGAACCAUACCCUCUUCUCCGGACUCCACCACGACCAGCCUUCUAGCGGAUCACCGGGUGGCCAAGCGUUGAAUGGACAAAUAAGGUUAGGACUACCUGGAGAAAUGUACGUUAGGUCUGAUCACUUGAGUCAAGUGGCAAGCUCCAGGGCUGAUCCGUUCUCCGCCUCGCCUUUGCAUGGCUACGGUGGUCUGAAUCUGAACAUGAAUCUAAGCGCUCACCACCACCACCACCACGGAGCCGGUGCUUUUUUCCGCUACAUGAGGCAGCCGAUAAAGCAAGAGCUCAUCUGCAAGUGGCUGGAGCCGGAGCACUCGCCGAAGAAACUUUGCUCGAAAACUUACAGCACCAUGCACGAGCUGGUAACGCAUGUGACGGUGGAGCACGUCGGAGGACCAGAGCAGGCAAACCAUAUAUGUUUUUGGGAAGAGUGUCCGAGGGAAGGCAAACCAUUUAAAGCCAAGUACAAACUUGUAAAUCACAUUCGCGUGCACACCGGAGAGAAACCGUUCCCAUGCCCGUUCCCUGGCUGUGGGAAAGUGUUUGCAAGAUCCGAGAAUCUUAAGAUUCACAAAAGGACGCACACAGGUGAGAAGCCCUUCAAAUGCGAGUUUGACGGCUGCGACAGACGCUUCGCCAACAGCAGCGACCGGAAAAAGCACUCUCACGUCCACACCAGCGAUAAGCCCUACAACUGCAAAGUGAGAGGCUGCGAUAAGUCCUACACACACCCGAGCUCCCUGAGGAAACACAUGAAGGUGCACUGUAAGUCCCCCCCGCCCAGCUCAGGCUACGAGUCGUCCACCCCGUCCCUGGUCUCCCCCUCCUCAGACUUGGGCCGAGAGCCAGGGGGCUCCUCGGUGCUGUCGGAGCCGGUGGGAGCCUCCCAGCCCGCGAAUUUAAGUGAAUGGUACGUGUGCCACAGUUCAGGUGCCAGCGGCGCCCAGACACCACCCAGCGGGCCCUCCACGCCCGACCCCACAGACGAGCCACCUUACAGAAACCCAGAACCAAGGGACGCGUUUUAACCCAAUUGGACUGAAAACACGGUGCCAGAAGUGACAGAACACAUUUCCAAAAGCUUAACUGUUAAAAAUGGUUUGGCUUUGGUGCCUAUACGCCUGUGAAGGCCCCACUGGUCCCCCCUUAUUUUUUGGAUGAGCCACCAAACAAGACACCCAGAGCCAAGAGACGCAUUUUAACCACAUUGGAAGGAAAAUGUGCAAACCUUAAAGACGUGCUAAUUUCCAGGCACAAUAAAAGAAUAUAUUUUCAAACCUCAAGCUAUUCAAAAUGGUUGGCUCAGUGCCUAUAUGCCCUGACAGCCCACUGGUCCACUUGUGGAGAGAGUCGUGUAAAUCCGUUAGACUAUGUGGUUCAUUAUUGUAGGCUAGGCAUGUUGGUGUAAAAUUAUUUUGUAAAUUCCAAGUUUUGACUUCAAUAUGUUUUUAUUUAUUUUUCAAUCUGAUAUUGAAAGGAAUUUUUGUAUUAUCGAACCAAAGUGCAUGUUUCAAUUAGGACAAAAAAUGUACAUUUGUAAAUUUUGUAAGUUCGAUGUGUUGAUGUUGAUAGUUUUUUGUAAGGACCUGUCUUCAAAAAGCAGGUUCUUACUGAUAAACCGCAGUUAUUUGUACAAGCAUUUUAUGUUUACAGCAUUUUUUCUCCCCCCAUUUGUGAAGAGGGUCAACAAUUGAACUGCUUCAUAAAGUAUUUGAUAUACAACCGUGAAAUUCUAAAUGUUUUAUCAAAGUGGGCAUUUUGUGAUUUUUGUAUCAUUGUCGUCCAAUUUUUUUUUGCCUUUUUGAAUAUUUGAAAUCGAGCGGCACUCAAAAUGCGUACCGAAUUGCCUUGUAAUUUGUGAGUAUUUUGAAUAAAUCUUGUAUGAGAAAAGCGAAAACGCUGCUCAGCCACUUGGGUUUAUGACAUUUUAGCAUUUUAAAAAUGGUUGUUUUUUCAGCAUAUGUGCCACAUUUCUUGUACGUCACUUAACGUGUCUUUUCAAAAUAAUAUUUCCAUAAAAAGAAAAAAUAAACUGUUGCUUCUUUUCCGCACAGCUUGCAGGGAAGGUCCAGUAAAAAAUAUGUCCAAGUCUGCUUUUCAGAUGCAGAUAAAACUGCAAAAAUUCAAAGAAAUAAAAUUUAAUGAAAGGUCCUUUUAUACAACAUUUAAAGGUUUUAUUUUCUAAAGUGUCCCUUGGUUAAAAAAAGGGGGGAACUUUAAUUGUGCUCCACUUGUGUUAAGUCUUACUUUCUCAGCUGAGCUGUGGUUUGAUGCAGACGUGGGCUGAGUUUGAUGAAAGGGCUACAAUAUUCUGAUCCAGACUUCAAAGAACAUUUGGUACAAAGAGCCAUUUUUUCACGACGGUGAAUCCUCAUGGUGAAUUAAGAUUUCUAUAGCAAUAGCCAAGUCAAACUCAAAUGAUAUGGGGCCAAGUCCGUGGACUCAAAAGCCCGCUCUAAAGAAUGUAAUAUUUGCUUCCCAUGGGGUAGGAAACGGUAAUCUAUGUCCUUUAUAUUGCAGACUGGGGCAGUAUAAAGAAGAAAAAUAUAUUCUUUUGCACUAGGCCUACUUUACGACAAUCAAAGGAGAAGCCGCUAAAACGCAGUUGUCCCACACCAUAAUAGACUUGCAUUGCAAGAAGCCCGAGUUGUUCAAUGGAUAAAUUUAACCAUAAUCAUAUUUUAGGCUCAAUAUACAUGAAAUAUAUAAAACCAUAAGAGCUUGGCUGCCUAUAACGAUAAGUGCACAUUUCAAUAUUAGACGUGUAAAUUCAUUAUUUCAGCUUUGAAGAGGCAGGCAGAUAAUUUUUCAGUGAUGUUGAAUAAAAUUAAAGUUGUGAAAUUGACUUUGAGGAGGAGUGAAAAUAUGCAGCAAACCAAAAAACCUGAAGAGCUCUGUUGUGCUGGGGGAAACUUUUUUUUUUUUUUGGCUGGGUAAUUUUUUUUUACACAACGGCAGAAGUGGGUGGAAACAACAACGCUACUAACUCCUCUGAUACGUUUAUAGAGUUUGGUUAAGUGCAUGACAGUUUGUUCAUGUAGAAGAGGCACCAGCUGAAAGAAAGAAAGAAUAAAUACUAAAGCAACCAAAUAGAAGAAGAGGGGGAUGAUGAUGCCUCUUUUGGCACCAGCUCUUGUGCGCAUAAAGGAAGAAAGAAAGGAUAGGAAGAAAGAAAAAAAAAACAACAAGAUAGUUGGAUCUCAAUUGAAAGUGGGAGUCUUUGAAGUGGAAGUUAAUAUCAGAGGGAUUCUUCUAGGUCGUCUGAACAACGUUGAUGACACGGAAAGCCUUUUGUCACCGAUUUGUUGGGCUCCUCUCUAUUGGGCCGUCUAAAGCUUUUAGUUCCAGUCGUCAAAAUGGACAAGAAACUAACUGAGUCGCGUAAAAACAUUUUCCAUUCAGCGCUCAGAGUGGAGGAUAAGCAACAUUUAAAAGGGGAGUCGUUUUAUUAGAAAAAGAAGAGGAAGAGAGGGAGAAAGUUAAAACAUAAGGUCUGUGUGUCAAUUAAGUAUGGCACACUGCUUUUUUUUUAUUUUUAGCCAAAGUAUUUCUGAAUUAGAUCUUUACUGCAGGCAGAGAUCAAAGAAAAAAAUGGCCUUGGAUUCAUUUGGAGGCCACAAAGAAAACUAAAAUCAUGCACCAGUGCUGCAGAACUGUGCACGCAUGCUCUGCAGUAGUUUAGUGACCUUACGGCUAAUAAUUUAUGGCUAUGAGCAAGUAUAAACAUUCUGUCUUAAGUCAGAAAUUGAGCUGGAACGAGGAGUUUAGUUGGACCCAAAGAGUUUUGCAUGAAGUGUUAGGUGCAUGUUUCGCAGCAGAGAUAAAAUAUGGGGAGUGUUUUCGUUUUAUUGUAAAAGUUACAUUCCCGGCGUGCAGACACUGGAUACCACAGGCAGUUAGAAGUGUAAAG